CUCAGCUUCUCCCCCCCCCCUCAUGCUUGCUACUACAUCUUGCUACUUUUACCACCUUGCUCAACUGAUUCUUUCCUUUCACUUUUCCCUGCCUCUAGCUCCACCUUCGACUAAUCUCUCAUUUGGUCAGCCUCAAGGCUACCGUACUUGAGCUUCCAUUCUCAUCUUUCCUUUCCCACUCCAUCCCGUCUUCGUCGUCCGCGUCGACACAGUAGCAUGCUCCGCGGCCAGACACUCCCCUGGAGAGCCGCGCUCCACCAAACGCCGCGUCCUAUACUCCUUCGCCCUCUGCUCGCCUCCCCUAGACACAAUGCCAGUGCUCGUUUGGUCCUGAAUGCCGCCCGCUCCGGUCGCACCCUCCCGUCCGCCACUCGUCCUUUCUCAUCGAGCCCGCUCCGCCUGAAAGAGAAGCCCCCACAGAACAAUGACACGGAGGACACGUCGCAGAAAGAGCAGAAGGAAGUCAAGGAGGAGAAGGACUCUGGACGACGCGCCGAUGCUCGACGAAAGGCGACUGAUUCCUCCAACAGGCAGGGAUCGUCACUAGAACCCGGAGCUCCGACAUCGGGGCCGUCGCGACGGAAAGAGAAGACUGCGGUGGACAAGGAGCAACGUAGCUUGGAAGAUGAUUCGAAGAAGAGCGGCAAAGUGGUAGAGAGCAAAGAGGCCUCUGCCGAUGAACCCUCCCCUAUACCGGUCAGUGGUGGGCCCUCGGAUUCCAGGCCUAGCGGCGCGAGCAACGGGGACAACGACGAUGGCGGUAAGAAGGGCAAGAAGAGUAGUAGCGAGAAGGCUUUACAGAAGCCAACUGUCCCGGAUAUCUAUCCUCAGGUCAUGGCCAUCCCUAUCGCCAAGCGACCACUCUAUCCGGGCUUCUACAAAGCUAUUACUAUCAAGGACCCCAACGUGGCGAGCGCUAUCCAAGAUAUGAUGAAGCGAGGUCAACCUUACGUAGGUGCCUUCCUGUUCAAGGAUGAGAAUGCGGAUGGUGACGUGAUUGAAAACCUCGAUGAUGUCUAUGAUGUCGGGGUGUUCGCUCAGAUCACCGCCGCCUAUCCUCUUCGUGGCGACACGGGCGGCGUGACAGCCGUCCUUUACCCCCACCGUCGCAUCAAGAUCUCGUCCUUGAUUCCACCGAACGACCCAGCCAGGUCAGGCACAGCCGAGGGACAGGAGGAAAAGGUCCAGGAAAAGCGCGGAGAUGUCGUGGCCAGUUUUGAAGAGGGUGGCGCCGAAGUUGCCCCCAAGGACCAUUACGAACCAACCUCGUUCUUACGAAAGUACCUUGUCAGCCUUGUCAAUGUGGAGAACAUGGCUGAGCAAGCCUAUGAUAAGAAAAGCGCCAUCAUUCGUGCCGUAACCAGCGAGAUUGUCAACGUCUGCAAGGAAAUCGCUAGCUUGAACCCUCUUUUCCGUGAUCAAAUCUCUGCCUUCUAUACCGACCAAUUUCCCGGCAACCUUAGCGAUGAUCCUGCCAAACUGGCUGACUUCGCCGCUGCUGUCUCCGCCGGCGAGCUCAAUGAAAUGCAAGAGGUUUUGGAGCUGAUGAAUAUCGAAGAACGACUUCCCAAAGCUCUCGUUGUUCUGAAGAAGGAACUCAUGAAUGCUCAACUCCAGUCCAAGAUCUCCAAGGAUGUGGAAGCCAAGAUUCAGAAGCGUCAGCGCGAGUACUGGCUCAUGGAACAGAUGAAGGGCAUUAAGAGGGAGUUGGGCAUUGAAUCUGACGGUAAGGACAAGCUGGUCGAGAAGUUCAAGGACAAGGCAGAGAAGCUUGCCAUGCCGGAAGCCAUCAAGAAAGUGUUUGAUGAGGAGCUCAACAAGCUGGCCCACCUUGAGCCUGCUGCAUCCGAGUUCAACGUGACCCGGAAUUAUUUGGACUGGUUGACUCAGAUUCCCUGGGGUCAGAAGAGCGUGGAGAACUUCAGUAUCAAGAACGCGAUGGCAGUCCUGGAUGAAGAUCACCACGGACUUAAGGACGUCAAGGACCGCAUUCUCGAGUUCAUUGCCGUUGGAAAGCUUCGCGGAACUGUCGAGGGCAAAAUCCUGUGUCUGGUAGGCCCCCCUGGUGUGGGUAAGACCAGCAUUGGAAAGUCCAUCGCGCGUGCCCUGAACAGGCAGUACUACCGCUUCUCUGUCGGUGGACUGACAGAUGUUGCUGAGGUCAAGGGUCACCGUCGGACGUAUGUUGGUGCUCUUCCUGGUCGUAUCAUCCAGGCCCUCAAGAAAUGCCAGACAGAAAACCCUCUGAUCCUGAUUGAUGAGAUCGACAAAAUUGGCCAUGGUCACCAAGGAGAUCCCUCUUCUGCUCUGCUUGAACUUCUCGACCCUGAACAGAACUCCUCAUUCUUGGACCACUACAUGGACGUUCCAGUUGAUCUAUCGAAGGUCCUGUUUGUCUGCACCGCAAACGUCACCGAUACUAUCCCUCGACCUCUUCUGGAUCGCAUGGAACUAAUUGAGCUAUCCGGCUAUGUUGCGGAUGAAAAGAUGGCGAUCGCUCAACGGUAUCUCGCACCUGCGGCGAAAGAGUUGACUGGUCUCAAAGAGGUGGACGUUACCCUGACGGAGGAUGCAGUCGAGGAGCUCAUCAAGUCGUACUGCCGCGAAAGUGGAGUACGUAACUUGAAGAAGCAGAUCGAGAAGGUGUAUCGGAAGGCCGCCUUCAACAUCGUCCGUGAUCUUGGAGAGGAGGUUCUUGCUGAAGAAAAGGCGAUCACCGACGAGGGUAAGGCCGUGCAAGCGGAGAUGCAGAAGGAGGGCGAGUCGACAGACCCCGCAGAGACUCCUGUGGACCCAGAGAAAGCCACUACAGAAACUCCCCGGGUGGCAUUGAAGGUCCCCGAGAGCGUGCGUGUCAGCAUCGACAAGGACAGCUUGACUGACUACGUUGGACCCCCCGUUUUCAGGGCCGACCGUCUGUACGAGACUUUCCCGGCCGGUGUCACCAUGGGUCUUGCCUGGACGAGCAUGGGCGGCGCUGCCCUGUAUGUCGAAUCUAUCCUCGAAAACGCUCUGACACCCGAGUCUCGACCUGGUAUCGACAUCACCGGAAACCUACAAAACGUUAUGAAGGAAUCAAGCCACAUUGCGUACUCGUUCGCCAAGUCGGUGAUGGCCAAGCAGUUCCCGGAGAACCGUUUCUUCGAGAAGGCGAAGUUGCACAUGCACUGCCCUGAGGGCGCGGUGCCCAAGGACGGGCCGUCCGCUGGUAUCACGAUGGCGACGUCUUUGUUGUCCCUCGCUUUGAACCACCCUCUCGACCCGACCAUCGCCAUGACCGGUGAACUCACAGUUACUGGCAAGGUCUUGCGCAUUGGAGGUUUGCGGGAGAAGACUGUGGCCGCUCGCCGUGCUGGAGCGAAGAAGAUCAUCUUCCCUGCGGACAACAUGUCCGACUGGCUGGAGCUACCCGAGAACAUCAAGAAGGGUAUCGAAGGUCACGCAGUUGGAUGGUACUCAGAAGUCUUCGACAUCUUGUUCGCUGAUCUCGACAAGACUGCGGCCAACCAUAUCUGGCAGAAGGAGCUUACGGCCCAGCCCAAGAACAAGUCCGAAGCGGCAAGCGAAGAGGAUGAGUGAACGAACUGAAUACUCGUGCCAUAAUGUGGCAUGUACUUCAGAAUGAGACUCACUGUAUUGGGUCAGGUAUAGGGCGUUUCAUUGGGGACAGCAUGGGAUUGGAGUCGGCUUCUCUCUUCUACUUACUUGACGAACUUUUCUCUGGAUUUAGCAAUUGACAUUGAGUUGUGGUUGAGACCACAACCAGGGCUAGUGUCGUCGGUCUUUUAGGGACUCCGAUUUCGAUUUGGAACCUUAUGGAAGCAAGCGGCGAUACUCAAGCUCAUCGUACAACACCACUCCGCUCUCGGAAAACAGGAUGGACAUCGGUCCAUUCGACUGGCACUAGACGUGUGUUUGGAGGUUUGCAGACGAGCGGGACUUAGAGCGGUGGCAGCACUUUAGUUUUGGUGGCAGCCGGAGCAACAGCCUGCGGUCAGUCCUUGCAUGUAUGUAUAUACGAAGACUAUGCCUGUAUAACUUGGAUAAUAGAGGCUAUCGC